AUGGGUUCUUUUCGUGGGCAUGUCCUUUCUAGGACACUGUUUCUUUUGGUUGGGGUGUGGCACAUGUGGAGCUCUAUAGCCAGAUAUGUAUCGUAUCUUAAAUCUUUUAGGGUCAGGGUGUGGAACCCUGUUCCUGGUUUUGAUGGACGGCUUAAGUACUUGGAGCUUUAUUUCAUAAUAGUUGGAGGUUUCAUAGAUUUGUGUACUGAGUUUCUAUAUUCGACUCAUCUCCAUAUCUCUGUCCAUGGAAUCUUGAACCCAUCUCACAUGAAUAACUUCAAGCACUCUGGAAUGCUCCUCAUGAAAGAAAUAAAGAUUAGCCCCUUGUUUUCUAUGUUUGAAAUUUGGUGGAUUGGUAAUGUCAAUAGAGUUUAUAUGAUUCUUAUUUUGGAGCAUGUUAUUUCAUACAUAAUUGCAACUUCAUCUUAUCGUACUUCUUUUGGGUUGUCUCAUGACAUUCUUUAA